GUCUUAAAUAAAAAAAAAUCGAGCUGCCUAGAUAGGUCAUCACCGUUCUUGGGCAUCACGGCGCGGGCAGCGUGUUUGGCUGCCGAAAGUGUGCGGUCUGGAUAGUUAGCCUGUGUGUUUGGAGACACAGCCUGUGUAGCUGGCUGGAAUGGGAGGGCACAGCGACUCUCAAACUCCGCGCACUUCCUGCUCUCGCUCAGUUCUAUCAGUAGCGGGAGAGCAGAGGAGGGAUGGCGGAGAAGAGCCCUGACCCGAGCGGCUCGAACGCUCGCAGGUGUCUCACUAUUUCUCCCGGAGAGAGACUGCUGCCGUCUGGAAGCGGCUUGUCCAAAUGGGUUCGUCUGAACGUCGGCGGCACGUACUUUCUCACGACGAGGCAAACGCUGUGCAGAGACCCGAAAUCUUUCCUGUACCGCCUGUGCCAGGCCGACCCCGACCUCGACUCUGACAAGGAUGAAACAGGUGCUUAUUUGAUAGACCGCGAUCCCACUUAUUUUGGUCCGGUGCUCAACUAUCUGAGACACGGGAAGCUGGUGCUGAACCGAGGCCUAGCAGAGGAAGGUGUGCUGGAAGAGGCUGAAUUCUACAAUAUCACUUCAUUGAUUAAACUGGUCAAAGACAAAAUCAGGGAGAGGGAUUGUAAGAUAGCUCAGCUCCCCGUGAAGCACGUCUACAGAGUCCUACAGUGUCAGGAGGAGGAACUGACACAGAUGGUCUCCACUAUGUCAGAUGGUUGGAAGUUUGAACAGUUGGUUAGUAUCGGCUCUUCGUACAACUACGGAAAUGAGGAUCAAGCAGAGUUCCUCUGCGUGGUCUCCAAGGAGCUGCACAAUCAGUCAUACGGCACAAACAGCGAGCCCAGUGAAAAGGCCAAGAUUCUUCAAGAACAAGGCUCUCGAAUGUGAAACAACUGUGUUUUAUAUCCUCCCGUCCUGCAAUUAGGGGCAAAACAACAUGCAGAGAGACAGAAAAUUGUCAAGCGGAAUGACAACCUAUUUGGAAUGGAUGUUCUAUUUUGUUUUAGAUUAAUUGACACUUGUUUGUGCCUGCACAGUUAUACUGGACUGUUGUUUCUUGACAUCGGCGGAUCUAUCUGAAUAGAUUUGUUUGAAAGUUAAUGAUAUGCAUGUCAUUAGUAAUCUGAGCAAAAAGGGCCUCAAUCACGCCUGGUCCAAUCAUGUUUACUCAGGGUCUCGUAUCGACUUUCACAAAAUAUGUUUAUCAUGUCAUUUGUGGUCCAAUGAGAAAUUGUGUCAAAAAGAAAAAACACACAAAAAAAAAACUUAAAACUGUAUAUUAUGCCAGAAAGUUGAACCUCAUUUAAAAUUAUAAUUAAGAGCGUGGAGUAAAAAAAAAAAAAAGUAUUUUUUUGAUUGAGAUUACAUUAUUAAGGUGGCUUAUAUAUAACAUUGAUUGGUAAGGGACGGUGGAUUUUUAUAGCAAAGAUUUUUGUUUUAGCGUGUUUGUAAGAACAGAUGAGAUUAUGAUUUUAUUUGUAUUAUUUUGUUUGACUUGCAUAGUGCUAGUUUUUAUACCAGGAGGGUGAUGGAACAUCCGUAACAGUUUGCCUCAAAGUUUCCUCACGUUUUGUGAGGUUUUACUGUCUCUGCCUUGAGUUGGUUUAAAACAGAACAGAACAAGUUUGUCUUCCAUCCCCACAUUCAUUCCACUUGGAUUUUGGAUAAACUGGAACUAUUUUUAACUUUUUGGGGGGGUGCAAAACACCUAACACUGUUGACAAAUGAAACGCGUUGACUUUGAGACAGAGCUAGAUUUGGUUUAAUUGAAGAAUUAAGGCAAAGCCACGAAGGCAUAAAUGAUUUGUUUAGGCAAUAGCGUUUAGAACAAUGCUUUAUUUACAUGACAGCGACUGUUAAUUAGUGGCGUUGUAGGGCUUAUUUUGUUCACACUUUGGUAAGAGAUGGAGACGGAAUGGGUACUUCUAAAAAGAGUGACAAAUUAACACCCACAGUUUAACACUGCAGUUUUUGAUUUGCUUCGGCUCGACUUUUUUUUUUAAAGUUGAUUCCAAAUAUACAUAAUCCUGUAGUUUAUUUAAAAACAUUUCGACAAUGUUGCCUUUAAUGAACCUACACAAGAUCUGAAUUUCAUUUGGAAUUGUGGUCAGGGAAAUAACACAUCACUUUGCAAGGCUACAAGCGUAUCUAUUUGACAUCGUGUAUAUAGACUAAAGAGCAUCAUAUUCAGUGCAUGUUAUU